AUGGAGUGUGGAUCAGUGGAUCCUCAGGGUCUUCUUCCAUCCCCACUUGCUUCUGCCAGACUUGGGACUCAGCCCUUUAUGGAAGAGCCCUGGUUCUGGACCUGUGGUCAAACCAAUGUCUUCUGCAAGGUGAUAAAGGGGAAGGUGGUGGAGGUAGGCAAGUGGCCAUGGCAGGUGAGCAUCCUGUUCCUGGGAAUGUAUGUCUGCAGUGGUUCCCUCAUCCACCGCCAGUGGAUCCUCACAGCUGCACACUGCUUACAAAGAUCCAAGAACCCCAGUCAGUACUCUGUGAAGGUGGGCGUUGAAUACCUCCCAGACAACAGCUCUGAGCUCCUGCUCACUGGCAUCACCAUUCAUGAGAACUUCAAGAAUCACAUGUCUGAGGACAUUGCCCUCCUGAAGCUCAAGGACCCUGUCUCCUGGUCCCCCCUCGUCCAGCCCAUCUGCCUCCCCAGCAACAAUUUCAAGCUAACUAUUGGCACCAUGUGCUGGGUCAUCGGGUGGGGACAUGAAAAAUCUAAAGGGACCUCCAACACCUCCUACAGUCUCCAGGGCUUGGCUGUCAGGAUUGUGAGCACUGAAAUCUGCAAUCACCGGUACCAAUUCCUCCUGUUGAAGGACCAGAAGAAGUUUAUUGGGAACGACAUGCUGUGCACAAGCUCAGAAUGGGGCCUGGACACUUGUCAGGAUACCUCUGGCAGCUCCCUUGUCUGUCAGGUGAACAAGACAUGGAUCCAGAUGGGGGUGGUGAGCUGGAACUUUGGUUGUGGCCGUCGCAGGUUCCCGAGCAUCUACACCAGCACCUCCCACUACACCCAGUGGAUCAAGAGGCAGAUCUCCGACUUGAGGUUUUCCAGUAUGGCUGUCCCUUCCUACCUGAGCCCAGUCAUCUUCACUGGCUACAUUCUGCUGGUAUCUUUGGGCUCCCUGUGGUUCCUGUGA